CGUCUGACUUAAGUAAACGAAACACGAGCAGGGAUUGAAGAGACUGGGUGGGACUGAACGUGUACUGGGUAACACACGGAACCGCGGCGUGUACACAUCUGCACUGACAAAGACAGCCGAUAGCUUUGUCGAAGUUAGUUCUCUAAUAUUAUAAAUUUGUGAAACGUGGUAAAGUAGCGUGAACGUGCUUUCACAAGAAUUUCUGUUUUGUUUGACCGUUUUUGUGAAUACGCUUCUGCUCCGACUAUAAGAUGAAUUCAUUGGGCAGUUCUUCCAAAUGGCCAUCUUAUGACUCACUACCCUCCACCUCAAGCUUUCUCCUCAGUGAGAGUGAGCAGACGGAGGAUGAAGCAGACGUCUUCUCAGAGGGAGACGGGGACAGUGGAAUAAGGAAUCCCCUCUCAGUUGAUGAAGGAAUCACACUUUCUAGAAAUUACCUUGAUUUCCCAGCUCAUUCAGAUCAGCUGCACUUGAGGUCUAAGGGCGACCAGCCUGAACACUGCAUGGGGGAAACUAAGCAUCGCGACUCAGCCUCUUCUCCUGGAGCUGCCACACUAGGGUCAUCUUCAGCCACACCAGGGGACCUGGCUUUCGCUCAGAAGUGUACAGAUUUGUGCAGGUUUAUCCGUCCUCUGCUUGAGCUUCUACAGGGGUUAAAGAUGGGGCGAUUUGAGAAAGGUUUAUCCAGCUUCCAGCAGAGUGUUGCCAUAGACAGAUUGCAGAGGAUUCUUGGAAUACUACAGAGGCCUGAAAUGGGUGAGAAAUACCUCCAAAACCUGCUGCAGAUAGAGAUGUUGCUCAAAAUGUGGUUCCCUCAGGUGGCAUUUCAGUCCACAGAUGCACCAAGUCAGACCACCACUCUCAGACAACCACCACACUGGCGCCAAAAUCAGCUCCACAUGCCAGUUAAGAAGAGAAAACUGAGCUGGUCAGACCCUGAAUACUCUGGCAAAGUCCCAAUCGAGCAGAAGCACCAUCAACAUGGAAAACAUGGGAGCUGCCAGGCUGCUGAUUCACUUGACAUCAUUUCCACAUGUCUACCUGGAUCACAGAAAAGACAGAAAACUCAAGCGGAAGAAACAGCUGAGCCAACUGGGGGCAGGUGCACAGCUGGACACAAAUUUACAGACACUGAUAGGCCGUUAUAUUUAUGUAGCAAGAGAGAAAAUGAGUAUCGGAAGCAGCCUGAGAUUUCUUUGCCCUCCACUUCCCCUUGUUGCAGCCCAGCUGCACAGGACAGCUCAGUGUCCUCAAGUGACACCAUUACUACAACUGACUCACCUUAGCUGGCCUUAGCUGACUUUGCUACCACAUGGAAGUGCCACAGCAUGCCAGCGAGAGUGAAGACAGAGGGCGGACCCGAUUACAUAAGCAUAAAGUUAGACGCAGAGCCAAUCUGUGAUGGCUGUGAGGCAUGUAAAACCAGAAGAGGAGGAGGAGGAGAAAUGCAAGAAGACUCUCGUUAACUCCUAACUGUCCAGUGUGGUUUUUGAUUACACCGGACUUAUUGCACUAUAUUACAUUAUAUUGUUUGUCUGUGAGAGUAUCACUUUUGUAUACAUUGACAUUUACUAAGUUAAAAACUGUUGAAAAUAACUUUACAUGUGUUAUGCGCUUAAGCAGUCUGUGCUUUGUUUUGUAUCUUUUCAUAUUACUGAACAAAACCCCAACAGUAACAGUGUUGGAUUUCACGUCAUUGGUGAGAAACAGAAAUAACAUAUCACUUUUGAGAAGGUGAGAAAACACACUGAGGAUCAUUGCCGCUAUAGUUUAAAGCUGAAACAAUUUAUUGUUUGUCCAUUAAAUAAUCAUUCAAACAACAAUUCCGUAAAUCUUCUGGUUCCAGCUUCUUACAUAUGAGGAUUUUUGCUUUUCUUUGUCACAUAUGAAAGUAAACUGACUACCUUUUGGUUUUACCUUGUGCUCCUGCAACUUGUGAUGGUCAUUUUUAUUUAUUUAUUUAUUUUUUAAUUAAACAAUGAAUCGAGAAAAUAACUAGCAGCUUCAUUUGUGAUGAAAAUAAUUAGUUGCAGCCCUGGCACAGUUACAAAAAACAUUUCAAUCAUGAACACAGAUUAAAAUGGCAUUUAAAAAGAUUAUAUUUGUAUUUUGCCUGCUGAUUGUAACAUAUGGUGGAAAAAAGGCAUGUAGGUAGUGCCAACAUGUGCCAAACAAAACCAUUUUGCAUUAUCUUAUCAAAUACCUUACUUCACAGUCACUACUUCUUAAUUUAUUUGCAUUUAACACACACAACAUCUUUGUUUUUAUGUAAAUAAGAAAGGUGUAGUUGCACUUACAAAAAAAAGUAAAAAGAGCAAUACACUGCACAGGAAAUACCACAACCUGAUUGAUCAAUAAUUAUAGAGGUAGUUAAGGAACUAUAAAAUUAGUGGCUGGAUGUUAAUGCCAUUUACUGUUUUUGCUUGCCAAUGAGUAAAUUUGUUUUGUGUAGAAAGACAUUUUUUUAUACCUUAUAGAUCAGGCCUAAUAUAUUUGAUCCAGUGUUCAAAAGAUGUAACUGCACUUUGGAUGAUGAUGAGGAACUGUUUGUUACCUUUCACCCUUGUUAACAUUAAAAAGUUGUUUUAUUAUUUAUUAAAGAUGUGUUUAAGAGAA